AUGUCCGUCACAACCAAGGCAACAAUCGCCUCCUUUGGGGGCAAACUCCUCAAGCUCAGCCAUGCCGCUACCUCCACCAAAUGCGAAAUGAACUUCAACCUCUUCCUCCCCCCACAAGCCCAGUCGUCGCAGAAAGUCCCGCUCCUGAUUUACCUGUCUGGCUUGACCUGCACGGCCGACAAUUGCUCGGAGAAGGGCUUCUUCCAGCAUGGCGCUAGUAAGCAUGGGAUUGCGGUGCUGUAUCCGGAUACGAGUCCUCGCGGAUUGAACAUCGAAGGCGAGAACGACGCGUACGACUUCGGUACAGGGGCCGGCUUCUACGUCGACGCUACCAAGGCGCCCUACAACAAUGGCUACAACAUGUACACCUACGUCACCGAGGAACUGCCCAAGACUGUGUUUGCGGCGUUCCCGCAGCUUGAUGAUGGGCGGGUUAGCAUUACGGGACAUAGUAUGGGAGGACAUGGGGCUCUUACUUUGUUUUUGCGCAACCCCGGCAAAUACAAAUCCGUCUCCGCGUUCGCGCCCAUUUCGAACCCGAUUAACUGCCCCUGGGGCCAGAAGGCGUUCAACGGGUACUUCGGCGACGACCAACAGGCCAAGUGGAAGGAGCACGAUGCCACUGAGCUUGUUAAGAAGUGGUCUGGUCCGUUGAAUGCACUGAUUGAUGUCGGAACCGGCGACAACUUCUACAAACAAGGCCAACUGCUCCCCGAGAACUUCCAAAAGGCCGUCUCCGAGGCUGGCAUUCAGGGCGUGAAUGUGCGGUACCAGCCUGACUACGAUCACAGUUAUUAUACCAUGGCUUCGUUUGCGGAUGAUCAUGUUGAUCAUGCGGCUAAGUUUUUGUUUGCUUAUGGUCCUAGGCUUUAG